CUUCCUAAAACCCCAGUAAACCUCUUCUCAAAACCUCAGCGCUUCUCAGCUCCCUUUUCCACUUUUGCAUGAAGUAAUCUGGCAGGUAAUCGACCGAACCGGUGAAGUCGCACGUCUUGCCGCCGUCACCAUUGUUGAACUUUGUCAGGUUCAAAAUUUAACUUGGAUAAGUUGAAUACAAUGGCUGGACCUUCUAAGAAAUAUUUGAAGAAAAAACCUAUAGAGACUUCAAAGUUGAACAAAACAUCAAAGAAAUCAUUCAAAACAAAGAAGGAACCAAAGGAAGCUGUUCAGUUGCAGCUUGAAGAUGAUGUUCCUGACUUCCCUAGAGGUGGAGGGAGUUAUUUAACCCAACAAGAACGAGAUGAAAUUAGGGCUGAAGUUGAUGCUGAAUUUGAGGCAGAGGAUCGAGGUUUAAAGAAUAAAAGGAGGAAAAAGAUGCAGAAAAAAAGUCAAACAGAAGAUGAUGAUUUCAGUUCCCUUUUUGGUGGUGGUAUUACUGGAAAACUACCUAGAUUUGCCAAUAAAAUAACAUUGAAGAAUAUAUCUCCUGGAAUGAAGCUUUGGGGAGUUGUUGCUGAAGUAAAUGAGAAAGACCUCGUGAUCAGCUUGCCAGGGGGCUUACGUGGAUUGGUUCGUGUUUGUGAUGCAUUUGAUCCUGUCUUGGAUAAUGGAAUCAAGGUGGAUGGUGAAGGUAGUCUUCUUCCGGCCGUAUUUUCACCAGGGCAGCUUGUUUCUUGUGUUGUGUUGCAAUUAGAUGGUGAUAAAAAAGAGAGUGUGAAAAGGAAGAUUUGGCUUUCUUUGCGUCUCUCUUUGUUGCACAAAGGCUUAACUUUGGAUGCUGUUCAGGAGGGGAUGGUCUUAACUGCAUAUGUGAAAAGUAUUGAAGAUCAUGGCUACAUUCUUCAUUUUGGAUUGCCUUCUUUUUCAGGAUUUUUAUCAAAAAAAGGCCAAGCUGAAAAUGGAGAGAAUGAAUUAAAGACCGGAAAACUCUUACAAGGGGUUGUUAAAAGUGUUGAUAAAAUGCGUAAAGUUGUUUACCUGAGUUCUGAUCCGUCUGUGGUGGCUAAAACUGUAACAAAGGAUAUUAAGGGCAUCUCAAUUGAUCUUCUAAUUCCAGGCGUGAUGGUUAAUGCCCGUGUGCAUUCUGUACUUCAAAAUGGAAUUAUGUUGUCAUUUCUUACAUACUUCACUGGAACUGUUGACAUAUUCCAUCUGCAAAAUCCAUUUUCCACCAAAAAGUGGCAGGAUGAUUAUAUUCAAAAUAAGAAGGUUAAUGCUCGUAUCCUAUUUGUGGAUCCAUCGACUAGAGCAGUUGGCCUGACUUUGAAUCCUCAUCUUGUCCAUAACAAGGCUCCUCCUUUACAUGUUACGACUGGGGAUAUAUAUGAUCAAUCAAAAAUAGUCCGAGUUGACAGAGGAUUGGGCCUUCUUCUUGAUAUUCCUUCUGCUCCAGCAUCAACUCCAGCAUAUGCUAAUAUAUUUGAUGUGGCUGAGGAUGACGUCCGGAAACUAGAUAAAAAGUUCAAGGAAGGGAGCUGUGUUCGUGUUCGAAUUCUUGGGUUCAGACACUUGGAGGGACUUGCUACUGGGAUUUUGAAGGAAAGUGCUUUUGAGGGGCCAGUAUUCACCCAUUCGGAUGUCAAGCCUGGAAUGGUGGUGAGAGCUAAAGUUACAGCCGUUGACAGCUUUGGUGCAAUUGUGCAAUUUCCUGGUGGUGUGAAGGCACUUUGUCCUCUCCGACAUAUGUCUGAGUUUGAAAUUUCAAAGCCUGGAAAAAAAUUUAAGGUUGGUGCUGAAUUGGUGUUCCGGGUUCUUGGAUGUAAGUCUAAGAGAAUAACGGUUACCCACAAGAAAACACUUGUGAAAUCGAAACUUCCAAUUUUAAGUUCAUACGCAGAUGCAACUGACGGGUUAUUGACACAUGGAUGGAUAACAAAGAUUGAAAAACAUGGAUGCUUUGUCCGGUUUUAUAAUGGAGUCCAAGGAUUUGUUCCCAGACAUGAACUUGGGCUAGAACCUGGGAGUGAUCCAAGUUCUUUGCAUCAUGUUGGAGAAGUUGUCAAAUGUAGAAUAACUGGUUCUGUUCCUGCUUUACGGAGGAUCAACCUUAGCUUGAUAACAAAGCCUCUAAGGGUUUCUGAAGAUGAUGCAAUCAAGUUAGGUAGCCUUAUUUCCGGAGUUGUUGAUAUUGUUACUCCCCAUGCAGUAAUUGUUCGUGUUAAUUCAAACGGUUACUUAAAGGGUACAAUUUCUACUGAACAUUUGGCAGAUCGACAUGAGCAAGCAACUUUGAUGAAGUCGGUUCUAAAGCCUGGAUAUGAGUUUGAUCAGUUACUAAUACUAGAUAUUGAAGGCAACAAUUUACUACUGUCCGCAAAGAACUCCCUUGUCAAUUCAGCUCAAGACCUUCCUUCUGAUCUGAGCCAGAUUCGCCCUAACUCAGUUGUUCAUGGGUAUAUCUGUAACUUGAUUGAGACGGGUUGCUUUGUUCGUUUUCUUGGUCGUUUAACUGGUUUCUCCCCGAGAAGCAAGGCAAUGGAUGAACUGAAAGUUAAUAUUUCAGAAGCCUUUUACAUUGGGCAAUCUGUUCGCAGUAAUGUACUUGAGGUUAAUGCUGAUGCAGGUAGAGUAACACUUUCGCUGAAGCAGUCAUGCUGCUCUUCAACAGAUGCAUCUUUUAUACAAGAAUAUUUUCUGUUGGAUGAAAAGAUUACUAAGCUGCAAUUAUCAGGCUCUAAGAGUUCCGGGUUAAAGUGGCUGGAAGGAUUUGAAAUUGGCAGCAUUGUUGAGGGAAGAGUACUGGAGGCAAAGGAUGUUGGAAUUGUUGUCAGUUUCGAGGAAUAUAGCGAUGUUGUUGGUUUUAUUGCCCAUAAUCAAUUACCACCUGGAAAUAUUUUGGAACCAGGCUCUGUUGUUGAGGCUGUGGUUUUAGAUGUUGGCAAGACUGAAUGCCUUGUCGAAUUAUCUCUGAAGCCCGAGUUCAUUAAUAAAUCAGAGAAAGAGAAAUCUCGCAAAGAAGCUAAGAAGAAGCGGAAAAGGGAAGAACCGAAGGAGUUGGAGUUGUAUCAGACAGUGAAUGCAAUUGUGGAAAUAGUGAAGGAGCAUUACUUGGUUCUGUCGAUUCCAGAGUAUAACUAUGCUAUAGGAUAUGCUUCGAUAUCAGACUAUAACACGCAGAAGUUGCCACGAAGAGAGUUUUUAAAUAGACAAAGUGUCAGUGCCACUGUUGUGGCUCUUCCAAGCCCUUCAAUUGCAGGAAGGUUGCUUUUGCUUCUUAAAUCAAGUGCGGUUUCUGAGACAUCCAGUUCAAAAAGGGCCAAAAGGAAGUCCACCUACAGUAUUGGAUCACUGGUGCAGGCUGAGAUUAUUGAAAUCAAGCCUCUUGAACUAAGAGUGAAAUUUGGAAUUGGCUUCCAUGGGCGGGUUCAUAUAACAGAGGUUAAUGAUUCAAAUGAUUCAGAAGAGCCAUUUAGUGACUUCAGAAUUGGGCAAACUGUAACUGCAAGGAUUGUUGCAAAGGCUAAACGAUCAGAUAAUAAAAGAGGCUGCCGGUGGGAGCUGUCUAUAAAACCUAAAGUUCUUUCAGGUUCCAUUGAGGUGGGGGGUGAUGUAGAGACUGAGAAAUUUGAGUUUGCAACUGGACAAAGCAUCACUGGAUAUGUUUAUAAGGUGGACAGUGAAUGGGCUUGGUUAACAGUUUCUCGACAUGUGAGGGCUCAGCUAUUUAUUCUUGACACUGCAUGUGAACCUAAUGAACUUGAAGAAUUCCAGAAACGUUUCUAUGUGGGGAGGGUUGUCUCUGGUAAUGUUUUAACUGCAAACAAAGUGAAGAAUCUGCUGCGAUUAGUUCAACGUCCUUUAGGCAAUUCUCAUAGACUGAUUGGUGAAAAAGAUAGGAAGAUGGAUAAAUUAGACAAUAAUGUGUUUCGUGAGGAUGUAACUGCUCAUAUUCAUGGAGGAGAUAUUUUGGGUGGUAGAAUUUCCAAAAUACUGGCAGGUGUUGGUGGAUUACUUGUGCAAAUUGGUCCUUACACAUAUGGAAAGGUUCACUUUACUGAACUUAAAGACUCAUGGGUCCCUGAUCCAAUAUCUGCGUACCAUGAAGGGCAGUUUGUCAAAUGCAAGGUCCUAGAAAUUGGUCGCUCAGUCAAGGGGACUGUUCAUGUUGAUCUAUCAUUACGUUCAUCUUUAGAUGGUAUGCUUUGCCGGAAUUCCUCUGAACCUCGCAUCGACGUUGAUAAUCCUAGCAGGCGUAUUGAGCGUAUUGAGGGCCUAUCUUCUAAUAGGGUUGUGCAGGGUUAUGUGAAGAAUGUUAUGUCGAAAGGAUGUUUUAUUAUGCUUUCGCGGAAGGUUGACGCGAAGGUUCUUCUAUCAAAUUUAUCUGAUGGUUUUGUUGACAGCCCUGAAAAAGAAUUUCCUAUUGGUAAACUUGUUACUGGGAGGGUUCUAAGCGUGGAGCCUCUAUCUCAGCGAGUUGAAGUGACAUUGAAAACCUUGGAUGCCAGCGGUGCACCAAAAUCUCAUAUCAAUGAUUUAAGGAGCCUGCACGCUGGAGAUAUAAUUUCUGGCCGGAUUAAGCGGGUGGAGCCGUAUGGUCUAUUUAUUACAAUUGAAAACACAAACAUGGUUGGAUUAUGCCAUGUGUCUGAGCUAUCUGAUGAUCAUAUUGACAAAAUUGAGGCGAGAUACAGUGCUGGAGAGAACGUUAAAGCAAAGAUAUUGAAGGUGGAUGAGGAAAGACACCGGGUUUCUCUUGGAAUGAAGGGGUCAUAUUUGAGGGAUAAUAUUGACCUUCAGAUGUCUCCAAAACAAGAGUCUAAGGAAGCUGUUACAGAAGAUGGUUCUGGUGAGGGCAACAUUACGUUUCAGGAAAGUGGUGCAAAUGGGGUCCAAAUGACAGAUGCUUUAUGUGAAAAGGAAGCAUCCCUGGUUCUUGCACAAAUGGAAUCAAGGGCCUCAGUUCCUCCCCUUGAUGUCACUCUUGAUGACAGAGAGCAUUCUGAGGAUGAUAAUUUACCUUGUCAAAGUCAAAAACUUAUUAAAGAAGCAGAUGCCGUAGAUGAGAGGAAGGACAGAUGGGAAAAGAAGAAAGCAAAGGAGGAGAGGGAGCAAGAAAUUAGAGUUGCUGAGGAAAGACUGCUGGAGAAGGAUGUCCCUAGGACUGCUGAUGAAUUUGAGAAAUUGGUCAGAAGUUCUCCUAAUAGCAGUUUUGUUUGGAUAAAAUACAUGGCCUUCAUGCUCUCUUUGGCUGAUGUUGAGAAAGCCCGAUCUAUUGCUGAAAGGGCCUUGAGGACAAUAAAUAUUCGAGAAGAGAAUGAAAAGCUGAACAUCUGGGUGGCUUAUUUUAAUUUGGAAAAUGAAUAUGGAACUCCUCCGGAGGAAGCGGUGGUGAAAGUAUUUCAAAGAGCAUUACAGUACUGUGAUCUCAAAAAAGUUCACAUAGCUCUAUUAGGAAUGUAUGAGAGGACUGAGCAGCAUAAGUUGGCUGACGAGCUUCUUGACAAAAUGAUUAAGAAGUUUAAGAAUUCAAGCAAGGUUUGGUUGCGGCGUGUACAAAGACUCUUGAAGCAAAAUCAGGAUGGCGUUCAGUCUGUUGUAAACCGUGCUUUAUUAAGCCUUCCUCGCCAUAAGCAUAUUAAGUUCAUUUCACAGACAGCAAUACUUGAGUUCAAAUGUGGGGUUCCUGACCGAGGGCGAUCGAUGUUUGAAGGGAUUUUACGGGAGUACCCAAAAAGAACAGACUUAUGGAGUGUCUAUCUUGAUCAAGAGAUUCGACUUGGAGAUGUCGAAGUGAUUCGUGGAUUAUUUGAGAGAGCUAUUAGCUUGAGCCUUCCACCAAAAAAGAUGAAGUUCUUAUUCAAGAAAUACCUUGAGUACGAAAAAUCUCUUGGUGAUGAGAAACAGAUUGAAUCUGUCAAACAGAAAGCAAUUGAUUAUGUCGAGAGCACAUUGGCCUAAAAUUAACGCACUGUUUUUUGCACUGGGUUCCCAUCUCAGCCUUCUGCAAUCAUACAAAAGUCAUUACUUCGCUGUGUACAGUUUUUUGCUGAGAUGGCAAGGGGUUACACAUGUAGUACUAUUUCCAAGUGAUGUGAAGACGGGGCAAGGAUCACUUGUAGAUGUCACCCAAUUUUGGCUAAGACUUAAGUCUGCGGUGGGGUGGCCAACUCAGGGAAUGGAACUAAUGGCAUUAUAAUAAAUUAUCAGAUGAAUCUUGUCUUCUGUGGCAAAUAGAGGACCAUGGCUAUCGAUGUAAAGUUUGAUUGUGUCCUCCCAUCCUAAAAGUCCAGGGGAAAAAAUUUUGAGAGGUAAUUUAUCCUUGUUAUUCUGAUAAUUCGAGUAUUUUCUGUCAUGGAUAUGAUACGGUGAGAACUAUAGGAACAAUUUUGGAAGAUAAUUUAUGUUUUUUUCUUUCUUUAUGGUGAUUCAUAAAUGUUUUAUGUACAAAUAGACGAUUGGAUAAAGGGACAGAUACUUUUUUGACAGUGUUAUUUCUAGUGCAUAACAAUGCAAAUGAACCUGUUUAACUAAUCUAGUGCCUCUUUUUUUCUUUUGGGAUAA